AUGGGGAACAGUGCCAAACGCAAGAAGGAGAAGCAGAAGGACUUCCAGAAACCCAAACUCAAGGUCGGCAAGGCUAAGGCCAAGCCCGACAAUUUCACCGACACCAGCUUUCGAUCCAAGGCGAUCGUUCUCACUCAGCAAUCUCUCCACCUCUCGGCCCCAUCCUUGAAUAGCCAGUUUUCUCAUCACCUGUCCUUGCUCUCGUCCAAGUCCGACAGCCAACGGCGCGAUUCUCUUGCUCACCUGACGACCUCGAUCGCCUCCCGUCCUGUGAAUUCACCUCUUCCGCAACCUGUUAGCGUCAUCCUUCCGUCUCUUCUCCCACUCAUUCUGGACGCGAGUAACACGGUACGCACACAGCUGCUCAAGCUCCUGCGCACGCUCCCGCGCAGCGACGUGGAGGAUCAUGUCUCGCAGCUCCUUCCAUAUGUCCGGGCAGGAAUGACCCACCUGGCAGCAGACAUUCGGGUUUCCGCUGUGGAAGUGCUGUCCUGGAUGGUGGAGGCGGCCGGAGAGCAAGUGGUAUCCUCCGCGGGCGGGUGGAUCAAGACGUUGAACUGCUUUUUCUCUGUCUUGGGCUGGCACACAGAGGAGUCGGCAAGGUGGUCGUCAAAUCGUGCAUCCUUUGGCAAGUCUGGGAGUCAAGGCAGGCCUAUGGUCAAGGUGCUGGGGGCGCUGGCGGAAUUUUUGAACGCUGGAGUCGGCCAACCAACAAUAGCCGGGGAUGACCCACUUGACUCGGAUGAUGAAUUGGCUGAAUGGCCGUUCCCCCUCUGCCAGACAUCUCAACACAUGGUUUCCCAGUCAUCUGCCACAUACGCAUAUCUGAAUCUGUUUGGGCAACCACGCGAUGAGGAAGGCGAGAUGUACGAAACCCGGGAGGAUCGGUAUCGGGUGUUUACAAGUCGGUUCUUACCAGCGAUUGAGCGCGGGCUGAAGAGUGCGCGCGAAGAAGGCGGAGAGUUGGGCCGUGCUUCCUCCGGCGUGAGCAAAGUGGUCAAAGAAGCUGUUUCUUAUGGUUUGGGUCCAUGA